CGCGUGGAGGAGCCGGCCAAGUACGGCGUGGUGGUGUGCGAGGCCGACACCGGCCGCAUCUGCCGCUUCGUGGAGAAGCCGCGCGUCUUUGUGUCCAACAAGAUCAACGCUGGCCUCUACAUAUUUAACCCUGGCAUCCUGCAACGCAUCCAGCUGCGCCCCACCUCCAUCGAGAAGGAGAUCUUCCCUGCCAUGGCACAGGACGGGCAGCUCUACGCCAUGGAGCUACAGGGCUUCUGGAUGGACAUUGGGCAGCCCAAGGAUUUCCUCACGGGCAUGUGCAUGUACCUGCAAGCGCUGCGGGCUCAGCACCCCGAGAAGCUGCACUCGGGGCCCGGUGUCGUGGGGAAUGUGCUGGUGGACCCCAGUGCCAAGAUUGGGGCAAACUGUGUCAUCGGCCCCAACGUGACGAUCGGGGCCGGCGUGGUGGUGGAGGACGGGGUGCGCAUCAAGCGCUGCACGGUGCUGGAAGGCGCCCGCAUCCGCUCCCAUUCCUGGCUGGAGUCCUGCAUCGUGGGCUGGAGCUGCUCCGUGGGGCAGUGGGUGCGCAUGGAGAACGUGACUGUGCUGGGUGAGGAUGUCAUCGUCAACGACGAGCUCUACCUCAACGGGGCCAAUGUGCUGCCACACAAAUCCAUCGCCGAGUCUGUGCCAGAGCCACGCAUCAUUAUGUAGCAGCCCCAGCAGGCCCUGUGCUCCCAGCUCUCCUUGGAUUAAAUAUUUAUAUUUCCAUUUA